AUGAUGCCUCAAGGUCGUCAUGAUAUUCAACAGCUGCACCAUCGUUGGGAAGUUCUUCGCCAGCAGCUGGGACCCGCGGUCCAUCAAAACGAAGAAUACAACCAGAUUUCGCGCGUUUUGCAGCAAGUCAUGUCUGGUCAAAACGAACAGGGUGCGAUGUCUCCCACUAUGCCCUCUCCGUCAAUGCCAGGAUCGAUGGGCAAUAUGCCUGGUCGUGGAGGACCCCCUGCUCCUCAUGGUGACAUGAAUAUACGUUCUCCCGCCAUCCAUCAACAAGGAUACCAAGGGCAGCAUAUGGGUAUGCAACAUCCACAACAGCGACGUGCUUCUUUGCAAGGCCCUGGAGGCCCCAACAAGCCUGGAUCGAGACCCGCUCAAUUUAAACGUCACGACGGACCGGCCGGCCCUGGGGGCCCCGGCAGUAUGGGUGGCCCAGGCGGAUCUGUGCCUGGAGCUCGUGGCCCGCAAAUGUCGCAAAUGGACCAUGAGCAGUUCAUGAUGAGAGGUGGCUUCCCUCCCCAGAAUAAUAUGCCUCCCCACAACCAGCCAGGCCAAGAACCUCCAAACGCAAUGUAUUUUCCCUUCCAACAACAAGGCCGACAAGGUCCUGGCCAGUCUUCAACUAUACCUAAUAUUCCGCAGGGACCUCAGCGGCCGCUGUCGCAAGCGGCACCCCAACAGGGCAAUCGUAACGCAAACACCAAACCUACGGGACCCAGUGCCUCAGGUCCUCCACCGAACGACACAUUUUCUUGGCUUAAUAUGGAUUCUCUUGGUGACGAUAACGACAUAUUCAGGUUCAUGCAAAACGAUCCACUGGAAAGUGGUGGAGGUGUCGAUCACAACUUUGGCGCCCAUCCUCCGGGACAGCAGUCCAUCCCAAUGGGCGGACCUCAACGCAACCUUUCAGGUCCCGGCCCCCGUGGAUCCAUGCCUGAUAUCAACAGCGGUCCUUUCGCGCCAGGGGGCCCAGGAGGUCCAGGAGGCCCAGAAAAUUCUCAACGUAAUAAGCCACCUGGGCAACGAGGCCCAGGACAACCUCCGCAUUCUGGUCCGGCACCCCAGCAAGGGCAGCCUCAAAUGAGACAACAGCAGAUGCCUCCACAUAUCCAACCACCUCAAGAAGCCCAAGGACCUCCUUCGAGGCAAGGUCAGCGCAUGAAUAGACAGGUUUCUAAUUUGGCUCUCGAUCAACCUCCAGAAGCAUUCGGCUCAGCCGGCCUCGAUUUCCUCGACCCCUUGGGCAGCUAUUCGGGAGAUGACACAAACUUGUUUGGAUUUGGAACUGACUUGGACCUCAUGCGCAUCCCAGGUCUACAGGAAGGUCCUGGUGGCCCUCCUUCUGGCCCCAGUGGACCUCCUAGCUCCGGUGAACAUGGCGGCCCCAUGGGUCCCGGACUCGAAAAUAUACCUCCAAGAGUAUCCCGCAAGCCGUCUAGUAGUAGUAUGACUGGGAUGCCUUCACCAAGAACUUCUAAUGCUCCAAUCAAAGAUGAGAUGCCUAUGGACCCGAUGUCAAUGGCUAUGGGACCUAAUAUGGUUCCUGGACCAGGCGGACCCCCUGGCUCUGGGUUUUAUGGACCUGUUCGUACCACUUCUGCUGCAUCGAAAGCACGCCGUCCAUCUCAAGCUAACAAUAGAGUUGGCCCACAGGCAGGACCUGGGCCAGGGCGCGAAGGACCUGGAGGCAUGAACCGUCCAGGCAUGCAAGGAAUGCCCAACCAAGGCAUCUCUCCGGUUGCUCCCACCGCUCAAGAGUCACUUUUAACGCCCCAGGAAUCUGAGAAGUUGUACCAACAGACCAUCGCUUUCAGACACCUGCAAAAUAACCAAGCCAUUCCAUUGCAGCUGCAACAGGAUCUUUUUUCUCAAGCAGGUCCUCGAGGUGCUGGACCACAUCCACCGCAGCCUCAGCCCACUCAGGUGCCAGCAAGGCGGCCAUCUCGGGUCAAGAAAACUACCGGUCAAGCUGUGAACCCUCGAGCUGGGCAACCAACUCAACAGCACACUCCGGGUCAGCAGGUGCCUUUGGGACCGGGAGCACCAGGAGGACCAGGAGGACCCAUAGGACCAGGAGGACCCGUGGGAUCCGUGGGACCAGGUGGACCAGUUGGACCAGGUGGGCCUAUGUUCAGACACACACCAGGACCUGUGCAGCGCGCUGGAUCAGCUCGACCUCAGUCGGCUAUGUCUGUGCCAUCACCAUCGAUACCAGAGAAUUUCGAUAAUGGUGCCUUGGUCCAAGCUGUGUCGACGAUCACAGGCGAUACAUCUCAAUUCACUGUUGAUUCCGAGAUCGACCUCGACCUCAUGAAUCUUGAUAUGUUCAACGAUCCCCCGUCGAUGCAACCAUCCUCAGCUCAAACAAAGCCACCAAGCAUCGGCACCUCACCUAUGGUUCCCAGCCGUGGUGUCUCCAGAAGUGCGAAUCCAAGUGAUACGAGGUUAAGCGCUUCUCCAGUUACACAAUCGGCUGUAGCACCUUCUGGUGCUCAGUCUGGUUUUGCUACUACACCAAAACCUCAAGGCAUCUCUGGCAUGCCUACUCCUGGCUCUGGAACUUCCGGCGAGACUCCAGCGAAUGCCGUUCUUCCCGCAUUGAAACCAGGUGAGGAAGUGCAUGAUCUUACUUAUAAUGCAGACUUACCUGGCGACGUACCUCUCGAUCUUCCAUUCGAUUUUCCACACGUAUUUAUGCCAGGUGAUGAUAAGCCUGACGGAACAUUCGAGGUGGAUGUCACUGGCGAUGAAGUAGAGAUCCAGCUGGAUCGUGAUGAUCUUGAGUUUGAUGCGUACGACUCAGAUGUGAUCGAGACAACUGGUAACGCUUCCGUCAUACCCUCAGACACAGAAGAGCUUGAUCGAAUGCUCACCAAAGCUGUAGGAUCGGAUGUGAAGCCUAAGUCAGUUCUCAAAGGCAAAGAGGAUGAUAACGAAGUUGUGGAUAAGAUUAUUGGUUUGUCCCAGCCCGAGGAUGUGACAUCACAGGAAAACCCUACUAAUGACCCUAUGGAUCCUUUGGAUUCGCCUCCUGAUUUGGAAAGUGAACGGGGUCGUCUCGAACAUGAGCUUCACAUCAAAUGGCUUCGUUUGCAGCAAUGGCGAGUCCAACAAGAAGAAGAGGAGGAAGAGCAUCUACGCUAUAUCGCUGAGGAUGUCAACUUGGUUAUGGGGCGGAACGCUUACUCUUUGCCGAGUGACGAGCAGCUGCGCAAGCGCCGUUUGGAGUACAGACUUAUGGAGGAGGUUCUUCAGAAUGCUGAGCUUCAGGCUGAAGCAGCUGGCAUGGAUAUGACUGCCACCGAUCUCACUGAAUUUAAUAUCGCCGCAGCUGAGUACAAGAAUCUAGGCUACCGUGAUCUCGAUUUUGGUACAGAAUAUGCUGGGUUGGGCGUCAACAUUCCACGCGAUGACGAGUUUGACGAGGAAGAGCUAGUGUCUCAGACACGUACACUGACUUUAGCCAAAGAGCAUAGCACGGACUUGAAAGAGCGAUUUGGUUUCUCAAAGGUAGAAAAAACCGAUAGCGAACUUGUUCCAUUCGCUAAUGUCAACCGCAACGAAUCGUUGGUUGUACUCUCCAAACAACCUUUGGGUGUCAACGCGCCCCUCAUGAAAAAAGUUCGUGCUAUGGCCAUUUCGAAAGCCGUUUCUGAUCGUAUCAAGGAAAUUGAAACCCUUGAGACGCGUACCAUUGAUGAUCAAAUUGAGCUUGAGCAGUUACGACUGAUUCCAUAUUUGAGAGCUGUUAGAGGUGAUCUGUUAACAAACAUGAUGCAUUUCAACUCAACUGCUAUUGAUCGAUCUAACCGUGUCCAUUUCGCUCGUCUCAAGCGCUUCACAAUGCAGGAGGCCCAUAUCGUUGAGCAAUACACCCAAGAGCAGACCCUUACGCGUCUUGCGAGUCGUUCUGGUGCGCAAACUGUGGCCUUUAAAGCACUGUUCGAGUAUGCGAAUAAGCAAAGAACACACUUCCAAGGUGUUAUUGAAGCUAAAAGACGUAGAGGGGCUGCGGUGACCGAGUACCACGAUAACAUUGAGCGCGAGGAGCGACGCAGAGUUGAGAGAACCGCCAAGCAGCGUCUCAUGGCUUUGCGAGCCAACGAAGAGGAUGCAUACAUCAAACUUUUGGAUCAGACCAAGGAUGCUCGUAUUACACAUUUGCUGAAACAAACCAACCUGUUCUUGGAAAGUUUGACCCAGGCGGUGAAAUCUCAGCAAAAAGACUUGAAAGAUAAAAGAGAUGUUCUCGAACCCAGUCACGAGCAAGUUGCCCCUGUCCAAGCCGAUAAAAGUGAAAAUCAAAACGAAAACGAAAACGAAAACGAAACCGAAACUGAAAAGCAAGCUCCCAAAACAGAACUUUCAGAAGCUGCGGAGGCUGCGCGUGAGAAAACGGAUUAUUAUGACGUUGCUCAUCGUAUCCAAGAGUCUGUGACCGAGCAACCUAAAAUGCUUGUUGGAGGUCGCUUGAAAGAGUACCAGAUUAAGGGCUUGCAAUGGAUGGUUUCGCUUUACAAUAACAACUUAAAUGGUAUCUUGGCUGAUGAGAUGGGCCUGGGUAAAACCAUCCAAUCUAUCGCGUUGAUAUCAUACCUGAUCGAGAAGAAAAACAUUCGCGGGCCUUUCUUGGUACUCGUACCUUUGUCGACAAUCACAAAUUGGUGCCUUGAGUUUGAUACUUGGGCUCCUUCAAUCAAGAAGAUCGUUUAUAAAGGUCCGCCCCAAGCGCGUCGCGCACAGCAAGCACAAAUCAGAACGGGUGAUUUCCAAGUACUCCUUACCACUUAUGAGUACAUCAUCAAGGAUCGCCCUGUGCUUGCGCGUGUACAAUGGAACCACUUAAUUAUCGAUGAGGGUCAUCGUAUGAAGAAUACUCAAUCCAAGCUCUCUUCUACACUCAGCACUUACUAUCAUUUUGGUUUCCGUUUGAUUUUGACCGGUACGCCGUUGCAGAACAACCUGCCCGAGUUGUGGGCUCUUCUUAACUUUGUGCUCCCUAAAAUUUUCAACUCAGUCAAGUCUUUCGAUGAAUGGUUCAAUAAACCAUUUGCGAAUGCGGGCUCCACUGAUCGCAUGGAACUAAGCGAAGAGGAGACUUUGCUGAUUAUUCGUCGUCUGCACAAAGUCCUGCGACCUUUCCUUCUUCGUCGUCUCAAAAAGGAUGUUGAACAAGAUUUGCCCGAUAAGAUUGAAAGAGUCGUCAAGUGCAAGAUGUCUGCUCUACAGAGCCAACUCUAUCAACAGAUGUUACGACACAACUCACUGUUCUUUGGUGGGGGCGAAGGCGUUCGCGGAAUCAAGGGUCUAAACAACCGUCUCGUUCAGUUAAGAAAGAUCUGCAAUCAUCCUUUCGUGUUCGAAGAGGUCGAAUCUGUCAUUAAUCCAACUAAGCAAAACAACAAUCUUUUGUGGCGAGUAUCCGGUAAGUUUGAGCUUCUGGAUCGCAUUCUUCCCAAGUUUCUCUCAACCGGGCAUCGUGUGCUUAUAUUUUUCCAAAUGACCCAAAUUAUGGAUAUUAUGGAGGACUUUAUGCAGCUUCGCAAAAUCCCAUACUUGCGUCUUGACGGUUCUACUAAAGCUGAGGAUCGUAGUGAACUGCUCCGCAAAUUCAACGAUCCCGACUCUCCAUACAUGUGUUUCUUAUUGUCCACACGAGCAGGUGGCUUGGGUCUCAAUCUUCAAACUGCCGACACUGUCAUCAUCUACGAUACUGAUUGGAACCCACAUCAGGAUUUGCAGGCUCAGGAUCGUGCUCAUCGUAUUGGUCAAACCAGAGAGGUUCGAAUUUUGCGGCUUAUUACCGAGAACUCGAUUGAAGAGAAUAUUCUUGAGCGUGCUCAAGGCAAACUAGAGAUCGAUGGCAAGGUUAUUCAGGCUGGUAAGUUCGACAACAAGUCCACUUUUGAGGAGCAAGAGGCAUUUUUACGCUCUCUUCUUGAAGCAGAAGAAGCCAAGCGUGAGCACAAAAGUCCGGAAAAUGAAGAACUUGAUGAGGAAGAGCUCAAUGAAUUACUUGCCCGCUCUGAAGAGGAAUGUGUUCUUUUCAAUGAAAUGGAUAGAAAACUUCGCCAAGGUGAUCCCGACAAUCCGCCCGGCCCUCGUCUCCUUACCUAUGGUGAGCUACCAGCGGAGUGUACCAACAAGUACCUUGAAAAACAGCUUGCUAAAGAGGAGGCGAAUAAUAACAGCCAGCUGUUGGGACGACGGCGUCGUCGGCCUGCAGGAUCGUAUGUGGAGGAUUCUCAGCGUAAACGCUUGAACAAAGGUUCUACCGAGGAGGAGAUAGGUAGCGAGGGCAGCCCAUCUGUCAAGACGAGCCAAUCGCCAUCCAUGGGAGCGGCUGCCCCUCGCAGCAUUGGUCGUCCGCGUGGAUCUGGCAAAGUUAGGGAAACACUUCCUCCGGAGGAAAGAGAAAAGCUGCAAGAUCAAAUGAAUGAGAUUCUAGACGUGAUGCGAAACCAGGAGUUUGAGGGACGUGAUCGUUUGGGUAUUUUCCUGGAGCUUCCACCGCGCAAGGCAUACCCCGACUAUUACCAGAUUAUUGCCAAGCCGAUCGCUGUAUCUAUUAUCGAGAAGCGAAUGGACCAACGCUACUACCAGAGUCUUGGGGAUUUUGCUAAAGACUGGCGACUCAUGUUUGCUAACGCUCGUGUUUAUAACGAAGAAAAGUCAUUGGCAUUCAUUGACGCAACUUAUCUUGAGAACGUCAUGGAAGAGGAAUACUUUAAGCUGAUGGGAACCACUGCACCGAUGAACCCUCAGGCUCCCCCCCUCCUCAAACUGCUCCUGCUACAGCAGAUGCCUGUGAGGUCCUCACCCAUGUCGCAGGCUCCUAACUUGACGCAACAGCAGCCUAUCCAAAGGUCUCAAGCUUACCUCCAGCAGCAACAGCAGCAACAGCAGUUGCAUCAGCCACCUCCUCCGGCGCCUCGUCAGGACUACUCUCCCCAGCCUGGUCGUGCACAGUUCAUUCAACAGCCAUCUCAUACGAUACAGCCUCAGCAGUCACCCCAGCCUCUUCAACAGCCCCAGCAGCCACACCAGCAGCCCCAGCCACCUCAGCAGCCCCAGCAAGUUCAGAUGCAACCGCAGCAGCCGCAGCAGCCACCUCAGCACAUAUUCGGUGGUGACUUCAACUCGUUGGCAUACGCGCAGAGAGCGAUGCAGCAGGGGAUGCAAGGAAUUCCGGGUAUGCCGCAGCAGCCAUCGCAGGUUCAGCUGGGGCCUCGUCAGGUUGGCAUGGACCAAGCUGGCAUGGGAUUCAAUCCGCGACGUAACGAGAACUUGAGGGCCGCUGAUCUGAGCAAGCUGGAAGCGCAAUCGCAAGCUCAAGCCCAUGCUCAGGAACAGGAGCGCUUACGUGCAGUUAUGAAGGCCGAGCAACAGCGCGAAAUGGCUCGUAAACGGGAAGAGAAGAAAGUGCAAAAGAAAAUGGAAGCAGCUGCCCAGAAAGCUCACAACCAGGUGGCUGCGAUGGCUGCCAAGGGGACGCUGGAAGAAUCUGAACGCCAGGCCCUGUUUGAGAAGCUCAAAGCUGAACAGCAGGCCAAGAUCAAGCAACCUGAACCUCAGCUGGACUUUAUGCAGAUGCAUAUGGGACACAUACCCCCACAGCCUCCGCAACAGGUCCACGGACCACCUCAGGCAGGACCUCAAGCGGCACAGACCCCUCAACAGCCUCCUCUGCAACCGCAGCCGCUGCAACAGCCACAGCAGCAACCACAGCCCAAUGAUCUCACUAGCUUGAACCUUCCCCAGGAUCAAGAGCUCACUGGGGGCGAAGGAGAUGAUGUUGAUCUGCAGUUCCUUAAUCAAAACAUUCUCGACACAGACUUCAACCAAGAUCUCUUCAACAAAGACCCCAAUGGGUUCGGCGAUGAUUUUAACGAUUUCACUGACUUUUAA